AAAAAAAAAAAANAUCAAAACCGAUCAAACGAAAUUCGCCCUACCAAAAAGAGUCCAGCCGCCAAAAUUCCUCGAGCAGCCAACAGAAUAGCGGCUGUUGAAUUGCUAUCCGUUCAUUUUCGGACAAAGCGAGGUUGAUGCGCCCGAGAGAUUUCUUCAUUUUUGAUGCAGCCAUUGGAUAUCGAAACUGAACUGCUCAGGUUCAAGUGAACUACCGACCGUCAUUUACUCCAAAUGGACAUUGCUUUCAAUUCUUCGUCGUUACUUCGAUUGAACAAGAUUCCCACUGCCCUUGUCUUUCCCACUCAUCCUCGUAAGAUUUCAGUCGUCCAAUCCAAGCGGUUUGUUCCAAUGGCGGCCCUUACAGCCUCCAAUGCUAUAGGACUGUCGGAAACAUUCAGCAAAUUGAAGAAACAGGGCAAGGUCGCAUUUAUCCCCUACAUAACUGCUGGUGAUCCUGAUCUUUCCACCACGGCCGAGGCAUUGAAGGUUCUUUCCAACCAUGGAUCAGAUAUAAUUGAACUUGGUGUUCCAUAUUCAGAUCCCUUGGCAGAUGGCCCUGUUAUACAGGCUGCAGCUACUCGGUCCUUGGCUAGGGGGACAAACUUUAGUGCAAUCAUUUCUAUGCUGAAGGAGGUUAUUCCUGAACUGUCUUGCCCAAUUGCCCUUUUUUCAUAUUAUAACCCAAUUCUUAAGCGUGGCGUUGAGAACUUCAUGAUGACAAUAAGAGAUGCUGGUGUACAAGGGCUUGUUGUUCCGGACGUUCCUCUGGAAGAGACUGAAAUCUUGAGAAAAGAAGCUGUAAAGUACAAUAUCGAGCUGGCGAAAUCUGAAGAACAGGUGGAGUUGUUAUACAUCAUCAUUAGUUGUUAUACAUCAUCCAUUUGUGGGGUGCUCUUAACUACACCGACCACGCCUAAAGAUAGGAUGAAAGCGAUCGUUGAAGCUUCAGAGGGAUUUGUGUAUCUUGUGAGCUCCGUAGGAGUUACCGGUGCCCGUACAUCAGUGAGUGAUCGAGUUCAAACUCUCCUUGAGGAAAUCAAAGAGGCAACAGAAAAACCAGUGGCAGUAGGUUUUGGUAUAUCAAAACCCGAGCACGUGAAACAGGUGGCCAACUGGGGGGCUGAUGGAAUCAUAGUUGGUAGUGCUAUGGUGAAGCUGUUGGGAGAAGCCCAGACUCCUGAAGAAGGAUUGAAGGCACUAGAAAGCUUCACCAAAUCCUUAAAAUCUGCUCUCUCCUAAUCAAUUUUUGAUGGAAUAAGAGGUCAGCUAGCUCUGUCACUGAAGCCUGCUAGUGUUUUACAGUCAUCUUUAAAUGAUACUUAAAACAUUUCUCUUUCUUUUUAGCUGAAUAAGACUGUCAGUUUAGUUCUGUUUAAGGGUGUUCUUUCCUUCCUUUGCCUGAUUCGAUUCAAGUGAAGAUGGAUGAUAGAUAUUGCUUGGUGUUUUAGCUAAUAUAAGUUUUGUUCUUUCUGGUUCCAAA